GCCCUUUCCACGCCCCACACCCCGAAACCGCCCUUUCCCUCUAGGGCCCGCCCUCUAGCCGCCCCGAAUCGCUUGAUUUCUAACCCCUGGACCUCUUUAGCCCCUUUUAGUAUUUAUAAAUGUUUCCCCACUCAAACUUUUUAUCUGUUCUUUUCCCCUUUCUCCUCCUUUCCUCUUGUUACUUUUUACACUUGAGUUUUUCUCUUUCUCUAUUUCCUUUGACCCUAGUUUUUAGCAAACUUUCCAUCCACCCACAUGUUUUAUGCCUUAUCUAUCCUUUUUUUCCCCCAGGUUACUUUUUCAACAUGCCCACCGACCCUCGUAUUUCCUGUACGAAAAGCACCUUUUCAGUGUUUUCUGAGUUUAAUUUUGUGCAAAGGAGAAUUGAGGUCCAGUUUUGGCAUCACUGAGCUUAGAUCACAUCCUACUGACCAAGAUCACUCCAUGGAUGAAAUGACAGCUGUGGUGAAGAUUGAAAAAGGAGUUGGUGGCAAUAACGGGGGCAAUGGAAAUGGUAGUGGUGCCUUUUCUCAGGCUCGAAGCAGCAGCACAGGCAGUAGCAGCAGCAGCGGAGGAGGAGGGCAGGAAUCCCAGCCAUCCCCUUUGGCUCUGCUGGCAGCAACUUGCAGCAGAAUUGAGUCACCCAAUGAAAACAGCAACAACUCCCAGGGCCCAAGCCAGUCAGGGGGCACAGGUGAGCUUGACCUCACAGCCACACAACUUUCCCAGGGUGCCAAUGGCUGGCAGAUCAUCUCUUCCUCCUCUGGGGCUACCCCUACCUCGAAGGAACAGAGUGGCAGCAGUACCAACGGCAACAAUGGCAGUGAGUCUUCCAAGAAUCGCACGGUCUCCGGUGGGCAGUAUGUUGUGGCUGCCACCUCCAACCUUCAGAACCAGCAAGUCCUGACAGGACUGCCUGGAGUGAUGCCUAAUAUUCAGUAUCAAGUAAUCCCACAGUUCCAGACCGUUGAUGGGCAACAGCUGCAGUUUGCUGCCACUGGGGCCCAAGUGCAGCAGGAUGGUUCAGGUCAGAUACAGAUCAUACCAGGUGCAAACCAACAGAUCAUCACAAAUCGAGGAAGUGGAGGCAACAUCAUUGCUGCUAUGCCAAACCUACUCCAGCAGGCUGUCCCCCUCCAAGGCCUGGCUAAUAAUGUACUCUCAGGACAGACUCAGUAUGUGACCAAUGUCCCAGUGGCCCUGAACGGGAAUAUUACCUUGCUACCUGUCAACAGCGUUUCUGCAGCUACCUUGACACCUAGCUCUCAGGCAGUCACGAUCAGCAGCUCUGGGUCCCAGGAGAGUGGCUCACAGCCUGUCACCUCAGGGACUGCCAUCAGUUCUGCCAGUUUGGUAUCUUCACAAGCCAGUUCCAGCUCCUUUUUCACCAAUGCCAAUAGCUACUCAACAACUACUACCACCAGCAACAUGGGAAUUAUGAACUUUACCACCAGCGGAUCAGCAGGGACCAACUCUCAGAGCCAGACACCACAGAGGGUCAGCGGGCUGCAGGGAUCUGAUACUCUGAACAUGCAGCAGAACCAGACAUCUGGAGGUUCACUGCAAGCAAGUCAACAAAAAGAGGGAGAGCAAAACCAGCAGACACAGCAACAACAACAAAUUCUCAUCCAGCCUCAACUGGUUCAAGGGGGACAGGCCUUGCAGGCCCUCCAAGCCGCCCCAUUGUCAGGGCAGACCUUUACAACUCAAGCUAUCUCCCAGGAAACCCUCCAGAACCUUCAGCUUCAGGCUGUUCCAAACUCUGGCCCCAUCAUCAUCCGGACACCAACAGUGGGGCCCAAUGGACAGGUCAGCUGGCAGACUCUUCAGCUGCAGAACCUCCAAGUUCAGAACCCACAAGCCCAGACAAUCACCUUGGCCCCAAUGCAGGGUGUUUCUUUGGGGCAGACCAGCAGCAGCAGUACCACCCUUACACCUAUUGCCUCAGCUGCCUCCAUCCCUGCCGGCACAGUCACUGUGAAUGCUGCUCAGCUCUCCUCCAUGCCUGGCCUCCAGACCAUUAACCUCAGUGCGUUGGGUGCUUCAGGAAUCCAGGUGCACCAGCUUCCAAGCCUGCCCUUGGCGAUAGCAAAUGCCUCAGGUGAUCAUGGAGCUCAACUUGGCCUCCAUGGGGCUGGUGGUGAUGGAAUACAUGAUGACCCAACAGGUGGAGAGGAAGGAGAGAACAGCCCAGAUCCCCAACCCCAAGCUGGUCGGAGGACCCGGCGGGAAGCAUGCACCUGCCCCUACUGUAAAGAUAGUGAAGGAAGGGGAUCUGGGGAUCCUGGCAAGAAGAAACAGCACAUUUGUCACAUGCAAGGCUGUGGCAAAGUAUAUGGCAAGACCUCGCACCUACGGGCACACUUGCGCUGGCAUACAGGCGAGAGGCCUUUCAUGUGUACCUGGUCAUUCUGUGGGAAACGCUUUACACGUUCAGAUGAGUUACAGAGGCACAAACGCACACACACAGGUGAGAAGAAAUUUGCCUGCCCUGAGUGUCCCAAGCGCUUCAUGAGGAGUGACCACCUGUCAAAACAUAUCAAGACCCACCAGAAUAAGAAGGGAGGCCCGGGUGUAGCCCUGAGUGUGGGCACUUUGCCCCUGGACAGUGGGGCAGGUUCAGAAGGCAGUGGUACUGCCACCCCUUCCGCCCUUAUUACCACCAACAUGGUAGCCAUGGAGGCCAUUUGUCCAGAGGGUAUUGCCCGUCUUGCCAACAGUGGCAUCAAUGUCAUGCAGGUGGCAGAUCUGCAAUCCAUUAAUAUCAGUGGCAAUGGCUUCUGAGAUCAGGCACCUGGGGCCAGAGACAUAUGGGCCAUACCCAUCAACCCUGGGAUGCAAGGUAGCAUGGGUCCAAGAGACGUGUGGGAGAGUGAGCCAUGAGGCAUUAAAAAUGCAUGGUGGUGGGAAGAAUUGGGGGUGGGAUACAAAAGAACAGAUGGGGUCCUGGCACCCACCUGUAUUCAUCAGUACCUUUUUGAAGUGGGAAACAUAGUGAAAAUUCUGUUGGUGCCACCUUUGAUGAGCAUUUGUUUGACCCCAAACAGUUUCUUAACACUUCUUACCCCAGCCUCCCCUUCCUGCAUUUCCCUUCUCAGCUCCCCCAUGAUGGAUCCCCCCCUUUCCUAAAGCCAUCAUGCCUUGAUAAAUAUAUAUGAUCAUUGAAAUACUUUUUAACAAAAACAGAUUCUAUAUUAUAUAUAUAUAUAUAAAAGAUAUAUAGAGAUGCAUUUGCAGGGGUAGGCUGGGAGGAGGAAGGAGACCAUUCUGUGACCAAAAUACCUUGGUCAUUUUUUUUAUAUUGCCUUAUUUCCUUAUGGCUGAGCCUUGUUGUGACACAUCAAGAUAUGUUGUCUUGGCUUCCCACCAGAUUAAGCAUUUAUAUGCUCUGCUUUUAGUUUAUAUAUACAUACAUAAUGUUUUCCUUUCUUAAUUUUGUCUUUUAAUUUGGGAUCAGCUUCUUGCACUCUUUCCCUGACUCAACCCUUUCUGUCUCCCCUUCUCUCACCUGAUCACUUCAUGUUUUGUUUUUGGUAGUGGUCCCUGGAUGAGGCACUUCUGUCAUUUUUUUAUAAAGUCCUUAGUCCCAGCAGCAGAAUGGAGAAGCCUUGAAGCUCAGGCAAAUGCUUGAGGUAGCUGUGAAGAGAGUGUUCAAAAUACUACUGACGCAGGCACCCUUUUGGUGCUGGAGAGUCAAAGGCACCUCUCUCUUCAUUAGCUGCUCUAAGCAUCAGGAAUCAGAAGUCUUUCUAUGGAAUUGUACAAGAGACCCUUUGAAAGUUAUAGUCUGGGAUCAGUUUGUCCAAACUGUGAAAAGAUGGUCAAAUAAUAGGUAGGAGCUUUCAAUAGGAGAAUGAUGUGCUCAGAAGUGGAAGUGACUCAAGUAGUUCACUUCAGGAGUUAGUGGAGUAUUUGGACCUUUGUGAAACUGUCUUCCAAGGUAGCUCUAAGCUUUGAUGUGUAGGCUUCUGAGUUCACAUUCUGAAAGGAAAUACACUUCCUCUUUUGAACAUCUCCAGUAGUUCUUUCCCAUUAUGUUAUUAAGGAGCAUCAGCCAGUGACUCUGUUCUGGAUUUCCAUUCUGCAGAACUCCAGAGCAUGGAUCAGUGGCAAGGCAAUGGUUCUUUGAUCUUUUCCCUUAACUCUUCCUAGGGUGAUUCCUAAGGGGAAAGGAAGCACACGUGAUCAUGGGAAUGAUAGCCCAGAACAAAAAGAAAUCUUGUCUUACCACUGUGGUUUAUAGGAGAGACCAGGGGAAGCCAUCCUGCUUUUCUCCAUGGCUUGAUUCCUGAAGAGACUGAUCCAAAAAUUAUAGCGGCAGGGAACUCUUAGUGCAUUUGGCACUGAGAUUUAAAUGCAACCAGAGUUGUCCUCAAGGCCCAGCCAUUAAAACAUUGUCUCUCUCGACUUUCUGGUAUCUCGUCAGAGAGCUUUUCACUGUGAGGAAGUGUGGAAAUGGCUGUGUGUAUGUGUGUAAUCUGUUAGAUUGGGGAUAGGUUUUCUGUUAGCCAAUACUAUAAGAGACCUGCAAUAAAAAAUUACCCUAAUCUGAUAGAAAGUGAAGUGUUUGUGUAUGACCGUGUGUGAAUGUGUGUUCGUGCUUGUAUAUAUCUACACACAGAUGAGAAAUUAUAUUUGAAAUUGUUGGAAAAUAAAUCAAAUUCAGAUCAAAAUGCCUUUCAGGCCCAUUACCUAGAAAUCUCUUAAAACCUGGGUAUGUUCCUGAGGUCAUUGCUUUGCUUUUGCUAAACUAGUUACAAUUAUGAAUGGGGGAUAUUCUACUGCACUUUUAAAAGAAGAAACUAUUUUUGUGUUUGAAAGUGAAACCAACAUCCAGUUCUAUAGCAGAGUCCUAAUUCCUCUCAUAAAUCUAUUUACCUUGACUACAAAUAGAUGAUACCGUGAUUCUACUAUGUAUUUUAUAUAAAAUCUAUCCAAAUUAGGGUUUGGGUAAGUUUGUGUUGUUGUUUAACCUGAAAUACAAUAACUGUUAAUAUUCUAAACAAAAGCUUACUCCACUUGGUCCUUUCUCUGCAGACUUAAUACUGUUUUUAACACAGAAGCUAUUGCAAGGAACUUUCCCUUUAUCAAAUUGCAUUAAUACUGAAGUAAAAGUUAUCUGCCCAGCCACUUAUCACACCCUUUGUUCCCACUGAAAGGCAGAACUCUGAACAUGCUAUUUUAUAUCUGCAAUCAUGUACAUAGGCAUCUUCUGGAGGAAAGGGGCAAGAUAACUCACUGGAGUGUGCAGUGUUUUGCUAGAACAUUUCAUGGAAUGGAAUCUUCCCUAGGAUGAAAUUACUAGAUGUAAUCUAGCUUAAUGAUGCUGAAACUUACACACUUUUAGGUCAUUUGAUGAUGGUUUUCUCUGGGAUGGAAUGCUGGUUUAACCCCCAGCUCUUAGCACAAGCAAAUUUAUAUCCACUUCUUUCCACUUGCCUAGUUCCUUCUCACCAAGGAAGCUCAGGAUUCAGUAUCUUGUUUGGCCCUAAAAUUAAAGCCGCUACUGCUUUUGUCUCCCAGCAGCAGUAAGUCACUCAGUCUUUUCCACAGGAAGUUAGCCCACAUUCCGUGAGUCAGGAGCUUAUUGCUGAAAGUCCCUUUCCCUGAACUUUUUGCCGGAAGAAAUUAGUGUAACUGACAGGCAUAUUGAUUCUCAGUUUUUUUUUUUUUUUUCACAAGUUGCUCUUUUUUGUAACUUUCUAAUGACCAAACCUUGGGUCAGGGAUGCCCAGAGAAGUGGUAAUAUUAUUCCCUUGUCCUUUCAGGUUGCCCGUUCACAUAUAUCUGCUUAUCAUUUGACUGUCUCACUUUUUACCCGGAGCAGUAACAACCCACAUCGUCUUCCUUCAGGGACUUCCCAGCGGGCACCCUCUUUAUGGGUGCCAUGUAGAAUGCAGUUUAACAGACAUUUCUCAGAAUUCAGAAUAGAACUCUUGAUCCCAGAAAGUAUAGACUGAAGUGUUGGGUAAAGAUUAUGACUGGGGGAGGGUUAGAGACAAAGGCUGUAAAUUACUAUGGCUGAUUGAUUGAUUUCUACUAUAUACAUAUAUAUAUUUUUGCUUUUGUAUAUCCAAUAUAGGAAACUAAGCAUUGUAUUUUUUUUUUUUAACAAACCUGAGAAAGCACUAUGAACUGCAGAUGUUUGACUUUCAGAAUAUAUUUUGUAUUGUUAAUAUCUUCACAUUGUGUGAAUACUGGAAGCUGCAGAUCUUUGCUAGGACGCAAUAAAUUUAUACGCUUUUUGAGAGGUUCUUCUGGGGGUAUUAAUCAAGCCCCUGUUAUGCUUUGGGGGAGCUCUGGUGCUAAAGUUUUCAUUCAGUUGUAAGUACCCUGAUGCCUUUUGGACCUUGGGAUCAGAUCAAAGGAGUUCUGAUCCAGGUACCAAGGAAAAUGAGGAUAGUCUAGCUGCCUCAAGUGAGGGGCCCUUUGCAUAGCUCUCCUUCCCCCUUUUCAAGUGCCCUCUUGGAGUUGGGAGGAGGAAUGUGAAAUCUCAGAGUCUCAUCUCCCUUAGAAGAGAGCCAGUAACUUAUUGUGCAAGGAUGAAAGGUGGCAGCAGUAGCUUUGGGGAAAGGGAGGAGGAUAUGGCACUUCUCCAACCCCGGAAAACAUUGCUUUUGAAAACUGCUGAUAAACUAUGGGUAGGUUAUUACUUUUGUUUAGGAGCCUGUGUGCUCUGCGGUGCCUCUCUUGGCUCUACUCCUGGGGUACAGACCUCAUCUAGGAGGAUGAGGAGACCAGCUUUGAGGUUGACCUGUUUCUUUUCUUUGUCUGUCUUCCCUAAACACCAGCCCCCAGGAGGACAUUAACCAGCCUUAAGCUUAAAUUCCUACUCCCUCUUGCCAAUUUAGCUCACUUGCCUUAGAUUGAAAUCUGGGAAAGGGGGGAAAAAAAUGGGAGUCCCUGGUUUUAUUCACCACCUAGGUCUUCUCCAGUUUGAUUUCCCCAAACCCAGAAAGAUUGCCUCCACAAUGUUCAUUUGAGGGAAAUGAGCAUUUUGUCCCAUUAUCUCCCUUCCUCAUUAUCGCAACCCCAGCCUGCCUUGUCCCUGCUGAGCAAGAAGAGGCAUGAUCUAUCCCUCAGUUUCCUUUAAUAUC